AUGUUUACCAUCGUGGUCACGACCAUUGUUCAUAACGUGUUUGUGUUUCCUUAUGUUUAUAUAGACUGUAUGACCGUGUGGUCCGAAGAGGGCCACCUGUACUACAAAUCGACAGCCAACGAUCCAACAGUGUGCGGCAUUUACAUAGUAGCGAAACCAGAGCAGACGGUCCACGUUUACUUCGAUUACGUAGACGUACCCUGCAAUACCGGAGGUUUAAUAGCGUUUGUGGACGGAUGGGAACUCAACGGACAGCUGUUUCCCAACGAACAAGAUCAUCCGAAACAGAUGAACGAUCGUUUCUUCGAGAUGUGCGGAACAAAAAAACACAAACAGAUAUUGAAAUCGUCACAGAACGCUGCUUUGAUACAAUACCGAGUUCCACGUAGAGGCAACGGAUUCAGUUUUUAUGUAUCGUUCAUCGACAACCCUACCCCUUGCAACAUACUGUUGGCCGACAUCGCUGAAGUGUACACGCUGAGGAAUUACGGAAAACCGGUGAAUUGCAGUCUGACGAUGUUGUACCCGGCUCAGGUGAAAAUCUUGGCUUUGGGCGUCGGUCUUGGACACGAACAGAAGAGGACGUUAACGGAACGCGAGACCGGCACGAUUCAUAAAUGUGACACACGAGGGCUGCCGGAUUUCGUUCAAGUCGGUGGUGGAGACGGUUUGGCCCAGUUGUCUAUGGUCGAUUCGAUUUGCGGCACGAACUCGGAACCGGAAAACGCCGUGGAGACGAUUAUGUGUGGCGUGACCACUGUGAGACUUGUAUCGAGUGGACAAUUUCACAACGCCGUCACAGUGGCCAUGACAACACCCGACGUCGAAGCUACGCCGUCAUUAGUGUGCGAGCCGUAG